CCCUGCAGGAUUAAGAGGUUCCCCUUCUUCUUCUUUUUCUUCUUCUUCUUCUUCACACUACAAGGAGUUUGCAUUGCAGAAGUCUUCCAUCUCCACACAUUCCACUUGGAUCUUACCCUGGAGAAAGUCUUGCUUCUGCACCAGUCCUGUGACCUCCUCAGCUGUUUGCCCCUUCUGUGGUUAUCUGUGGACCAGCUGUUGUUACAGGAGCCCCCAUGUCUUCAUUUGACUCCCCACAGUUGUUGAUGGUGUGUGAUCCCUGGAUUCCUCAGCAGGAUUGGAGCAUCCGCAUCGACACUGUGCAGAAUUGCUGCUGUGCUUUCUUCUGCUGAUCACUGGAGGGAAGCAUUUCAGGGACAGGUCUGGUCAACCUGGUACACAGCCCACCUGCCCACCAUUGGCAUCUGCUCUAUUGCUCUCCCACCAGGAGAAGUUGUUAGGAUCCCUGGACUCCCCAGCAGGUCUCUCAUCCUCAGGAGGUCGGAUUAAUGUCCAUCUUAGGGCUAGAGAGGCCAGACAAACGGUCCCUUUCUUGGAAGCCUUUCUAAGAUGAAGUUAUGGGCUAUCUUGGCUGUCUGCAUUUUGCUGUUGAGAUCUGUGUCCAACACCCCAUUGCCCUCAAGCUGGUUAGCUGGUAAGAAGAGAACUAGUCAAGAAUCCCUGCUGGAAGACGAGGACACAGCUCUGGGGAUGUACAAAGCGGCUUCUGAACGUCCCACUGCCGUGCAGGGGCCACAGGAUGUACAACAUUACUCUGAAGUAUCUGACGACUAUCCGGAUCAGUUUGAUGAUGUGUUGGAGUUUAUUCAGGACACCAUAAAAAGACUUCGGAGGUCAUCUAACAAGCAAUCCCUCUCCAGGCGAGACAGAGGGAGAAUAGCUGCUACAACAGACACUCAGAAUUCCAGUAAAAAGACAAGCAAGGAUUCUCGAAAAAGGAGAAACAAGGGAUGUGUCCUUAGGGAGAUACACUUGAAUGUGACUGACUUGGGUUUGGGCUAUGAAGCCAAGGAAGAACUUAAGUUCCGGUACUGCAGUGGGUCCUGCAAUAACCCAGAGACAACUUACGACCAAAUUCUAAAAAACUUGACCAUCAAGAAAAAGUUGGUCAAUGACAAGGUGAAGCAGGCGUGUUGUAGGCCCAUUGCCUUUGACGACGAUGUUUCGUUUUUGGAUGAUAAUCUAGUUUACCACACCUUGAGGCAACAUUCCGCUAAGAAAUGUGGAUGUGUAUGAUUUUGUUUUUGCCAUGCGGCAGUGUGUAUUGCAUUCCUGAAAUAAGGCAAAGAAAGGGAUCAAGGUUUCCCCUGUAGAGGUCUCCCGGAAAGCAGAGAUGGAGUAGAGAACCAAGGAUGGUUGGGCAUGGAGCUAUCAUGGAAACCUGUUGUGGCAUUUAUCCAGUGAGUGCCAGGAUAUACAAAAAAAAUCCUCCACCAGAGAGAUGCAGACAGCAGACACUGCUCUUAUACGGGGGGAUGGAUUUUUACCAGUUUUUCUAUAUGUGACUCACCAGCAGUGUUGACUGGAAAGGUCGAUAUCCAGCUUUUAAGCACCGGCAUUUAUACAUCAUGCAUGUCAGGUUUUUCCUGUAUAUCUUUUUGUUACAUCGAAAAACAAGUGUAUUACAUAAUCCGUUAGUUCUGUCUUUGGGGUUUAAUUAAAAUUUUUGCUCCGCUAGUACAUAUUACUUUAGUCCAUUGACAUACCAUACCAAAUACUGUCACUUACAGUACAAUCUACAACGUCACUUCCGUUUCAUGUUUUUUAAAUUUUGUUAUUGGUUGUUUAUUUUUAUUUUUUGACCCUAAAUUUAUCGGAAUGCAAAAAGGCCUGUAUAAUAGUGUGCAUGAUUGCCUAAAUAACAUUAUAAACAUAGCCCACACAAGGUAGAGGGGUCAUAGCCCUGAUUAAAAAUCAGAUCUACUCAACUAUAGAUGCCUCAUUUAUAAUUGUUGGCCCGGAACAAUUGGGCUUUGUUGGGAGGUGGUAAUGAAAGCCUUGUAGUUCUAUGGUAUACCUGACCUCCCCAACCCUAUUUAUAUACAGUGUUACCUUUCCAAAAGGCCAUCUCUUUGGGAAAACUACCCAUUACCCAGACUAGAUUUUCUAUGACAAAUUUUUAGUUCAACAUUUUUAAUGCAUUUUUUUGAAAAGACCACCCCCUAGAAGACCACUUUUUGAUAUUUUGGGUGGUCAUCUCAGGAGGUUUCACUGUAUAAAAAGGAACAAAUUUGAUAUCUAUUCAUUGUGGUAUAUCUGGGCUGUGUAAGGAUAGGCAAGAAUCAAUGGCCAGAUAUCUCUUUAUGAUCUAUGACCUUUUUUGCUGAUGUGGGUCACGUUUAUUUGCAGUGUAUAUUAUACAGGUCUGACGUAAUUAGGCAAUAUAUAAUGUAUAUUGCCACAUCAGAUCCCAUCCUACCAGAUCAGGGAAGCCUUUCCCAAAAGAUUUGAUCCCGUCAUUGGUACAGACUUUGUGGCUCAUAGUUUAAUGUACAUGAAGCCCAAUGUAGAAGGUAAUGGCCAUUGUAUCUCGUCCAUGUGAGUCCCUAAGUAGAAGUCACAGGUUAUGCCAGAAUUGAAGUUGCCUUCAGAUUUUCCCAGUCAAGUUCUCAGGGAAAUACCUUGAAAACCCACCACAUGGCUAUACCUGCUGAGGACUUCCGGUUCUUGCACACAUGGCCAGAUAUGAAGGCCCAUAUAGGAAGCUGCAUUAAAAGCCACAGAGAAUGAUCACCACCAAAUCUAUAGAUAUAUAUAGGGCUUAUUUGGGGUUUAUGUUUUUGUUCUUUUCUUUGGGAUUUUUUUGACAGUAAAUUGGUAAUUGGUCCAAGAGACCAAGCAGACUACUUGAUGCCAUGCAUCCACUCAGAUACAUGAAGAUAUAGAAUAUAUUUAUUGAUUAUUAAGUUAUUGCUAUUUAUUACAGUCCAGUUAUGAAUGUUUCUUUUUUUUUCCUAUUUAUUGCAAUUUCUUCUUUGAUGGUGCCAAAGCAAAGCAUAGUCUCAAAACUACAUUGAGAUGGAUGCAAGCAAGUGUAUGUUGGUAGUUGUAGAAUCACAGACUUUACCCUUUCUUGCUUCUGUUCUUGGAAGGCUUAAAGGGGUACUCGCUGUACAAAUUGCUGGUGACGUCAUAGCCCCAAAGAGCUGGUGACGUCAUAGCCCCAACCCCUCAUGAUGUCAU